AUGGUAUCUGUCCACGAACUCAUCUCCAUCUCAGAAGCCAUUCUCUCUGGUCGAGAGAGGAAAAGAGGCCGCAAACGGGCGUGCGCCGAAGAAUCUUUUGUUGCACUGUUCAAGGUCACGCCAUUCGUUGCAAUGGAAGUGUGGGAACAUUUGCAAGAACAUACGAAUAUUCCUUGGCAAAUCAAACCAAAGCAUUUUCUGUGGACUUUAUUUUUCUUGAAGCAUUGUAUGACAGAAAGAUCAGCUGCUGUCUUGCUUGGAUGCGAUCGAAAGACCUAUCGAUAUUACAUCUGGUGUGUAAUUGAUUAUGUUGCGUUGUUGAAAGAUAAGGUGAUCCUUUGGGAGAACAGGCUUGAAAGCAGUGCCGCUGCUAAAGUUUCUGUUGAUGGUACAGAUUUUCGUACUGUGGAGUAUUAUCCAUUUGAUCCUUGGCGGUGCUCCCAUAAGUUCAAAUGUGCUGCGCUGAGAUAUGAAGUUGCAAUCGCAAUCAAGACUGGCUUCAUUGUUCAUGUGAAAGGUCCCUUCAAGGCCGGAACUUGGACUGACAAAAAAAUCGUCAAAUUGGAACUCCAUGGGAAGCUUGCGCCUGGCGAAUAUUACCUCGCAGAUGGCGGAUACACCAAUAAAAAUGCCCCUGUCAUCACCAAGAACACAAUUCCACAACACGAAAGGGCCAAGAUGAACGCGAUCAUGGCAAGGCAUGAGACAAUCAAUGGGCGAUUCAAAGACUGGCAAAUAUUGGAGAAUAGGUUCCGCCAUGGAGAACACCGCCAUCGUGGUGUGUUUACUGCGAUUGCUGUAAUUACACAGGUUGAAAUUGAAACGGGUAUGCAUGUGUUUGGCGUUUCAAAACAUAAUAUAUGGUACUGUUUUAUUAAGAUGAUACAUAUAAAGGAAUACAAUAGCAAAAUAAAAUAUAGUGCUCUGAAAUAUUGA